GGGAUAAAUAGAAGAACUUAUGAAGAAGAUGCACCAACCAGAAAAAGUCUUCAAAGAAGAGUGUUUCAAUGGAUCUUUGCCUUUCCUGCUGUAUGUGACCUGUUUGGAACUACUUUAGCAACAAUUGGUCUGCUUUAUGUAAAAGCAUCAGUAUGGCAAAUGCUGAGAGGUUCAAUCAUAAUAUUUACUGGUUUGCUUUCUAAAAUAUUUUUGAAAAGAAAGUUGUGGCCAAUUCACUGGAUUGGAAUGAUUGUAACUGUGGUAGGUGGAAUUUUUUUAAAUUUAUUCAAAUUUAUAGAAGUUUUUAGUGGUAAAUGAUUGAAGGAGGAAGGUGAAUUACACGGACACAACAAGGUAGGAAUAUUAGUUUCGCAUCCAAAUUUCGAAGUGCUAGUAAGGUAAAAAGCUCCAUUCCUCCCUCCCUGAAUCCAUGAAAACUCAAAAGCCAUU